AAUUACACUGGUGGCACUGAAAAAUCAAGUUGCUCUCUCUAACAUGGUGAGAAACUGCAAUUAUGGCAAGGAUCCUACUUGCCUGUAAUGCCAUAUCAUAACGUUGUUGAAACGAGAGAUCAUGAUACUGAUUUGUCUUUGAAAGAGAUUCGAUUUGCUAGAACUCCUAUUAUGUCAACUUACCUGGUAGCAUUUGUGGUUGGAGAGUAUGACUUCAUUGAGGAUAGGACACCUAAUGGAAUCACAGGAAGGGUGUACACUCCACUGGGAAAGAUUGAACAGGGCAGAUUUGCUUUGCAGGUGGCAAUGAAGGCCCUAAUGUACUACACAGAAUACUUUCAUGUUGAAUACCCUCUUCCAAAACUUGAUGUUAUUGCACUAGCAGACUUGUCAUUUGGAGCUAUGGAGAACUGGGGACUUAUCACAUACAGAGAAAAUUGUCUAUUAAUUGAUCACCAGAACUCAUCUGCUCAAGCCAAACAGUUUGUAGCUCUUAUUAUAGGACAUGAAAUUGCUCAUAUGUGGUUUGGUAAUCUUGUAACUAUGGAGUGGUGGACUCAUCUUUGGUUGAAUGAAGGCUUUGCCACAUUUAUGGAGUAUCUAUUUGUUGAUCACUGCUUUCCUGAAUACAACAUUUGGAACCGCUUUAUGUCUGUUGAUCUAAACAGAGCAAUGGAACUAGAUGCAUUGAAAAGCAGCCAUCCUAUUGAGGUUCCUGUUGAUGAUCCGGCAGACAUUGAUGAAAUCUUUGAUGCUAUUUCGUACUGCAAAGGAGCGUCAGUGAUACACAUGUUGCACAACUGGAUUGGAGACAAAGAUUUUAGAAAGGGAAUGAACAUUUAUUUGAACAAAUUCAAGUACAAGAAUGCAGCAACAGGUGACCUUUGGGAAUCUCUUGAAGCAGGUAGUGGUAAGCCAGUGGGGAAAGUCAUGAAUACAUGGACGUCGCAGAUGGGGUACCCUGUAUUAAAAGUCCAAGACAAACAAGAAGGAUCAUCACGAAUUUUGGAGUUGACACAGACAAGAUUUUUGGCUGAUGGUGAUUCUUUAUCACAAGAAGAAGGUGCUCAUCUCUGGUUGAUACCAGUCUCGAUUUCAACUGAAAGCAGUCAAGGAGAAGUGCACACCACGUUUGUUGUGGACAAGCCGACAACAACAAUCAAAGUAGACAAUGUUGGUCCAGAAGAGUGGGUCAAGGUUAAUUCUGGUCGUGUGGGUGUGUAUCGAGUUCAUUACUCUGUUGAUAUGUUGACUCGUUUGCGACCAGCAAUUAAAUUGCAGACGCUGCCAUCAAGCGACAGGCUGGAAUUGUCAAAUGAUGUUUUUGCAAUGUGUAGCGCUGGUAUUUCAUCUACUGUUGAGUAUGUGCAGUUGGUGGAAUCAUUUAUUGAUGAAACCGAUUAUGCGGUAUGGGUGGAUAUAGCAGGGAACUUAAGUCGAUUGGGAACACUGCUCUCACACACAAACUACGAAGCUGCAUUUGAGUCAUUUAACAGAAGGCUGUUUCACAAGAUAGGAGUCAAUGUAGGGUGGGAUUCAAAGGACAAUGAAGGACAUUCUGUCUCUCUUUUGCGUUCUCUUGUUAUCUCUUGUCUUGGCUGCAAUGGUCAUGAGGAAACCAUUCAAGAGGCACACAAGAGAUUGAAAGAUCAUAUUUCUGGUAAAACACCUCUCAGUGCUGACAUCAGAAGUUCUGUGUACAGAAUAGCCAUCACAACUGGAGAUGAGAACGUGUAUGAAAGUCUUCUGAAUUUGUUUCAUUUGGUUGAUCUGCACGAGGAAAAGAUGCGAAUUGCACAUGCGCUAGGGUCAACUUGUCAAGAGAAACUUAUAGAACGGACUCUCAAAUUUGCUAUCUCAGACGAAAUUCGGACUCAGAACACAAUAUCUGUUCUUAUCAGUUGUGGCGGAAGCAAGCUUGGUCGAGAGUUGCUAUGGCAAUUUGUUCAGAAGAAUUGGCAAACUUUGCAUGAUAAGUAUGAAGGAGGACUUCUCUUCUCAGGCCUUGUGAAGUCGAGCUGUGACAAGUUUGCCAGUGAGGACAAAGCUAAGGAAAUUGAGGCUUUCUUUGCUGCUCAUCCUGCUCCUGGAGCUGAACGAGCUGUCCAACAAGCCAUCGAGAGAGUUUGCUUGAAUGCUGCAUGGUUGGCCCGCGACUCAAAUGCCAUUGAGUCCUGGCUUCAAACUUAAGAAAGCAGGUAAUAGUGUGCAUGUGUUUAGCCUAGUAGAAUGGAUCUUUUGAUACCCAGCAGUUCAAAAUGAUCAAAAUGGUUUUUGAGAUACUUUUCAAAGAAGUACUCAGUAUGAAUUAGGCUUGCGUAUUAAUAGAAUAGCACUAGAGACCAGAGAAUGCUUGCAUAAGUGGCAAUUUGUGUAGCGAGUUCAACUAUUGCAAGUUGACGUCAGCACCUAACAGGUGAUUGAUUAUUGGUUGAUUAAAUAAAGCUGUUGUUCAUGGUCGA